AUGGAGGGGCUCAAAAUUACAUCGCUGCUUCAGCGAUUUGCUUACAUUUUACCAUUGGCUCUACUCAGUAUUGGAGUGGUGAAAGCCGACAACCCCUUUGUGCAGACCAUCUAUACUGCUGAUCCGGCACCAAUAGUAUACAAUGACCGCGUUUAUGUCUUCAUGGACCAUGACAACACUGGAGCUACCUACUACAAUAUGACAGACUGGCAUCUGUUCUCAACGGCAGAUAUGGCAAAUUGGCAAGAUCAUGGCGUCCCCAUGAGUCUGGCCAAUUUCACCUGGGCCAACGCCAAUGCGUGGGCACCACAAGUCAUUUCUCGCAACGGCCAAUUCUACUUUUAUGCUCCGGUCAGGCACAACGAUGGUUCUAUGGCUAUCGGUGUGGGAGUGAGCAGCACCAUCACAGGUCCAUACCAUGAUGCUCUCGGCAAACCGCUUGUAGAGAACAAUGAGAUUGAUCCUACCGUGUUUAUCGACGACGACGGUCAGGCAUACCUGUACUGGGGAAACCCAGACCUAUGGUACGUCAAACUGAACCAAGAUAUGAUAUCGUAUAGCGGGAGCCCUACUCAGAUUCCACUCACCACUGCUGGAUUUGGCACUCGAACGGGCAAUGCUCAACGACCCACUACCUUUGAAGAAGCUCCAUGGGUAUACAAACGCAAUGGCAUCUACUAUAUCAUUUAUGCAGCCGAUUGCUGUUCUGAGGAUAUUCGCUAUUCCACGGGAACCAGUGCCACUGGCCCAUGGACUUAUAGAGGCGUCAUUAUGCCGACUCAAGGAGGCAGCUUCACCAAUCAUGAGGGUAUUAUCGAUUUCCAGAACAACUCCUACUUUUUCUAUCACAACGGCGCUCUUCCUGGCGGAGGCGGCUACCAACGAUCUGUUUGUGUGGAGCAAUUCACCUACAAUUCAGAUGGAACCAUCCCAACGAUCGAGAUGACCACCGCCGGUCCAUCUCAAAUUGGGACUCUCAACCCUUACGUGCGACAGGAAGCCGAAACGGCGGCAUGGUCUUCGGGUGUCAGCACGGAGGUUUCUAGCGAAGGCGGAAUUGACGUUGGCUACAUCAACAAUGGCGAUUAUAUCAAAGUUAAAGGGGUAGCUUUCGGUUCAGGAGCUCACUCCUUCUCAGCACGGGUUGCAUCUGCAGCAAGUGGCGGCACCAUUGCAAUACACCUCGGAAGCACAACUGGUACCCUUGUCGGGACUUGUAAUGUCCCCAGCACUGGCGGUUGGCAGACUUGGACUACCGUUACCUGCUCCGUCAGUGGCGCAUCUGGAACCCAGGAUUUGUAUUUUGUUUUCGGUGGUAGCGGAACAGGAUACCUGUUUAACUUUGAUUAUUGGCAGUUCGCAUAA